CCCCCCCUCUCUCCCCCCCCUUACCCCGUCAGUUGGCUUGCGAGCUCCGGUAAUAUGAAUGCAACCCUUACUGGAUCGCACGACCAUAUCACCCAUCGGCCUCCUUUUCGUAUCUGCUACGUCCUCUCCGAAGUCCCGACUUUAGCUGCUUUAUCACUCGACCAGCGCUCCCACUUUAUUUCCCAACGUGCGAGUAUUUGACCAUGAGCCAGCCGGUCCAGCUCCCUGAUCGCUCGGUCCGGGCAGGCAAAUCGCUCUCUCAGUCAGAAGGCUCCAAUACCUAUCGCAACGGCCAUUUGAACUUGGACACUUUCUCCCCCGUGAACCAGAAUGGAAGCUUCGAAUUUGAUCGAGUACUGAAGAGUGGCAUGGUCUAUCGGAAGGUCAAGAGCAAACAUGCCUUCAAAUCGUCGUGGAAAGCUGUCUACCUCGUCCUUCGCCCAAACCUACUGUCGGUCUAUAAAGAUGAGCAGGAAACUAGGCUGCGACUCUCCGUCACCUUGUCCGAAGUCACUGCAGUUGCGCCUAUCAAAUCCCCGCGGUCAAGGAGAGACCACGUCUUUGGCAUUUUCUCGCCGUCCAAGAACUACAGGUUCCAGGCGACGUCGGCCAAGGAUGCAGACGACUGGAUUGAACGCAUCCGUGCUGAGGCUCGUGUCGACGAAGACGAGGAGGCUUAUGUUGCUCAGGCCAGGAUGCGCGAAAGCAGAAACGGUGACGGCUUGACGACGGACAAUGCAAGUGAUCACUCGGAUGUCGACCAUGUACCGCGAGCAAUUUCUCCUGAUGUCGUUCGCGGUCUCUCACCCGGACGCAGUGGCUCGAGGGUGCCAUACAUGCAGGACUACUCAGGGAACGACGUCACCUCGUACUCAGAGUUCUCUGAUGGCCCCAGUGUCGGCAUGAAGCAGCGCUCUGCGACGUCUCUACCCAAAUUGUCUGUAUCUGCUCCUCCGGAUACGGAUACACGACCUCCGUUACCCCGCGACGCCAGCCAGACCAGCGACGUGGGUCUGGGAGAUCCUGAGAGAGUCGUUUGCCACGGUUACCUUCAAUGCUUAAGAGCGAAGAGAGGCGUGCGACAGUGGAAAAAGCUGUGGGUGGUUCUCCGCCCGAAGAGUCUUUCCUUCUACAAAAAUGAGCAGGAAUACUCUGUCGUAAAGCUUGUACCGAUGGACCAGGUCAUCAAUGCGGCCGAAAUCGAUCCCAUAUCCCGCUCGAAGAACUUCUGUCUUCAAGUGAUUGCCGAGGAUAAAUCCUAUAGAUUCUGUGCCCCUGAUGAGGAGGCUCUUGCGAAAUGGCUCGGCGCUUUGAAGAGCGUGAUUGUCGCCCGCAAGCGAAUCACCGGAACGUCAGCGGUGUCACAGCGGACAUGACAUAACACCCUUUCCUGGGGGGGUUGACACAUCAGGCCUACAAGUGAUGCAUAUUCCGCCACUCGUUGUACUAUU